AGUUAGUUUAAAUAACAAAAUGGUGGCAAAAUUUAUCGUUUUCUGUUUUGUUGCUACCAUUUCGGAAGUAAAUGGAAUACAAGAAACAAAACUCAGCAAAGAAAAUGCCUUAUCUUUCCUCAGCCGGAAGAUUUUAUCAUCGUCGAAACACGCAGAACAUUUGUCAUGUGCUGAUAGUUAUUACUGUAGCAUGCACCAAAAAGAAUGUUCGACAGAAGAAGCCAAAGAGGAUGUAUGCCAAGACCAAUGUUCCUAUUUCCAGACUUGUUUCUUUCACUUUGAUGGAUAUAACUGCUGGAGCCAAAAUACUCACUGUAGCAAAAUAGAACCUUUCAAACAGGGGAAAGGUAGCUUUGCCUUCUUGAUGAUACUUACGGUAGUGUGCAUCAGCUUGAUUAUUGCCCUGGUCGUCAUGUGUGUAAAGAAAUACAAGAAAAAGCGGGCAACAUCUCCGAUGAGAUCCUGGCCAACAUAUCAGAAUAGUUAUAUUGGCCAGGAACAAUAUGUUCAAUUUGUCAACCGAUAUCCAGUUAUCAAUCACCUUGGACAUCGUCAAAUUCCAGGAAGCAGUGGAAACAAUGCAAACAGCAGAAAUCUAACCACGUAUGAUGAAGCUGCAGGGGCAAAACGACCAGAGUUAAACGCAAGAAAUAAUCAACAACUGGGGGAAACUCCGACUGCACCUGGUCAUGACUCAAUGCAAAAUAUCCCACCGCUACAGUCUAAUUUUACUUUAGAAUUGUAUGGUAAAAUUCCGCGUUGUUGGAACUUUAAUGAAAACAUAAUUAUCAUUGUAUGA